CGUCUUAAGAAUGUGUUGGCAAGGGUAGUGGGUGAACAGCAAAUGGCAUUUAUAAGCGGAAGACAAUUGAUGGACGGGGUCAUGAUAGCAAAUGAGGUUGUGGAUGAAACAAAAAAGAAGAAGAAGAAAGCCUUUAUGCUCAAGAUUGAUUUUGAGAAAGCUUACGACAAGGUUAGCUGGAGCUUCUUGGAUUUUAUGCGGCAGAAGAUGGGAUUUUCUACUAAGUGGAGGAAAUGGAUUAUGGAGUGUCUGAAAUCCAGCAUGGUGUCAGUUCUAGUCAAUGGCAGUCCUACAAGGCAAUUCACGGUCUCGAGAGGCCUGCGGCAAAGGGAUCCACUGUCACCUUUCUUAUUUUUAAUCAUCACAGAAGGGAUCAACGAGUUAGCUUCAAAAGCAAUACAAAAUGGGUUAUUGAAAGGAGUGGAAGUAGGACAUGGAGGAUUCAAGGUCUCACACCUGCAAUAUGCAGAUGACACACUCCUCUUUGGUGAAGCUACCGAGGAGAAUGUCUGGGCCAUGAAGGGAAUUCUGAGAACAUUUGAGCUGGUGUCAGGGCUAAAGAUCAAUUUUAACAAAAGCCUAAUAAUUGGCAUUGGGGUAGAGGAAGAGUGGAUUGACAAAAUGGCGUGGAUUAUGUGCUGCAAAAAAGGGAAUCUGCCCUUCAAAUACUUGGGGAUCCCCAUUGGGGGUAGUUGUAGAAAGAUUUCCUUUUGGAAGCCGCUAGUGGAGGUCUUCCACAAGAAAUUAACAACAUGGAAAGGUUGGUACUUAUCUCUUGGCAGUCAGAUCACUCUCAUUAAUUCAGUGCUAUCCAGUCUCCCCGUGUUUUGGAUGUCGAUGAACUUGAUCCCGAAAGGUACAAUUCUUUCUCUUGAUAAAAUUCGUAGAAGAUUUUUGUGGGGUGGGAUUGAGGGAGGUAAGAAAAUAAAUUGGGUCAAAUGCGAUACGGUAUGCAAUGAUAAAGAACUAGGGGGAUUAGGAGUGAAGGACUUAAGGAAAUUUAAUUUGGCGCUGCUAGGCAAAUGGUGGGGCAAAUUAGUGAACAAGGACGAUGGGCUUUGGAAAAAAGUGAUCUUAGAAAAAUAUGGGAAAGAGGGAGAACCUAGUUAUAAUUGGCUGAGGGAGAAUAUUGGCUACAGAUCAACUUGGUGGAGGGACAUUUGUAGAUUGAACAAUAUUGAGUGCAAGCAUGAGGGGUGGUUAGUGGAGGGGUUCAAAAUCAGAGUGGGAUACGGGGGAAAGGAUUUCAAAGUUUCACAGUCGGGAGGGUGGCUCAACGAAACAUGGACAUGGCAUUUGGAAUGGAGAAGAGGAUUGCAUAGCUGGGAAGAACAAGAAGUAUCAGAGCUCAUGAAAAUGAUCAACGACAUUACAAUCACAAGAGGAAAAGAUGAUAUAUGGGAGUGGGGUCAUUGUAAAGAUGGAGAUUAUUCAUCAAAAGGAAACCAGCCACCUUUUCAUCCACUGCAGCGUUGCCCACAACCUUUGGAAUGCAUGCUUCAGAUGGUGGAGGAUAAAAUCAGCUCUGGACAAAGAUUGCUUAAAGAUGCCACUGUGAAGCUAGUGUGCAACAACACCAAGAACCCAGAAGUAACAGAGGCCAAAACCGACAAAAACGGCUACUUUUUCUUGCAAGCGUCCAAGCCCAUGACCAAGGAUGGAGCAAAAGCAUGCAAGGUGUUCCUCGGACCAUCUCCGUUGCCUAAAUGCAGCAAACCAUCUCCUCUCAACAGUGGUGUGUCUGGCGCUGAGUUGAAGUUUGAGAAGGAUUUCCCUAGCUGGAACAAGCUGUUUCCUUACUUCCUCUACAAAGUUGGUCCAUUUGCCUACGAACCCAAAUGCUACUAGAUUUGUCACAUACGAAUUGUGUCCUAUACUUCUAUUUAAUUUGUUCCACUGAUGUGAUGUUGGUGACUUGAUUGCAGUUGUGUUAAUUUCCUAGUUCGUUUUACUUAUGUUAGUGUUUCUUACUUUUCGAAGUACUUUCUAUGAUAUAGAAUAAAGAGUUCCUUGUUUG